GGCAAGCAUGGCUUCUCUCAAGACAAUGACUUUGGCGUUGGCUGCCGUUUUCCUCGGCAUGGCUCUGGCUGCGCCCGUUCAUCUGCACCAAAAGCCCGUCUCGCGCGUCCUGACCAGCUUUUCCUUCCAAGACUGCGCCGCCCCCUCCGCCCCCAUGCAUGGCAACCUGAGCCUGAGCCCCGACCCCAUCGUGCUCCCCGGCAACAUUACUGGCUACGCCGGCAUUGUUCUUUCGUCCAACCUGUCCUCCCCACUCAAGGCCACCGUCGAGAUGAAAAAGGGCAUCAUCAAGGUGCCCUGCGUGGAUAACUUUGGCUCGUGCACCUAUGACGAUCUGUGCUCUUUCCUCGAAAAGAUUCCCCUCAAGAACGGCACUUGCCCCGACCCCAUGCCCGCCAUGGGCAUUCCUUGCCGAUGCCCGCUCACUCCCUUCUCCGCCUUUAUGCCUGAGCGCACCUUCCACGUCUCAGAGUCCCUCCCGGGCAUUCUUGACGGCGAUUACGACAUCUCGGCCGAGAUCACGGAUGGCUCUGGCAACCAGGUUGCCUGCGUCAAGCUCUCCCUGGCCCUCAAGUCUGCUUAAACACACCAGCGUGCCAGCCUGUCGUUACAUUUCUGUCCUUUAUCACUUGUUGUCUUGACGUCUUUUGCUGUCAAAACCAGCUCCCCCAAUUCAAACACA